GAUAAAUAUUGAUUUUUCGUAUACAGCAGUUAGGAAAAAAACGUUUCAUAGCCAAAAAAAUGGGUGCCGCUUUCUUUCCCGUGCUGUUUUUCACCGCCUUGUGGGGCGGUGUGGGCAUCGCCAUGCCCAUAAUGACCCCCAAAGGACCUCACCAGAAUCUGAUCCGCUGCAUCCUGAUGCUGACCGCCGCCUGCUGCUGGCUCUUCUGGCUAUGUUGCUACAUGGCCCAAAUGAAUCCCUUGAUCGGGCCCAAACUAAAGCGCGAUGUGGUGGCCAUGAUUGGAAGGUCCUGGAACAACCCAAUUGUGGCUGGUUAGGAAAAUAGAGUGACUGCUAACUAAAUUAUUCUGCAAUAAUCGUCACAUUAGCUGUUUGUUUUACGUUGUAAAUAAGAAGUAAAAAUAUCAAGUGUUCUGUUAACUUCGAAUUGUUUAAAUAUCAGAUAUUCAAUAAUAAAUUAAAUAUUUAGAUUGCCUUGUAAAUAAAAUCUAUAGGCAUCAACUAGUACAUCUGCAGAAUACUAUUAUUGUUUCAAACCAAAUAUUCUUUCUACCAAUAUAAAUUGUAUAAAUGAAGACAGUUUGAAUAAUAGGUCUAUUUAAUUUUUUGAAUAAUUUAAGUUAAAUUAAUAUUCUUUAGUUAAUUAAUGGCUACCACACAGUUAUGCUGAAUAAAUUCCAAAAACAAGAAAGUAUUUUGACAUUCCAAAC